UGGGCUUAUGUAGACUAAUCUAAAUAUAAACUUGAAGAGCGGGCUGGGAUAUACGGGCGUGCUGAACUACCAUUAGUGCAAGGUUCAAACCAAAAGCUUGGUCAUUUCAAGCAGAGUGUCUGUAGGUUUUUGGUUAGGUUAACCUGCCCAUCUCUGAAGCUAGGCGUGAAGCAAGCAUUCAUUAACUUGUCACCACCACCACAGGAACCACUUGUAGUCAGGACACUUCCGUUUAGAAUCUACUACAGUAAUCAAUAAUGUCCGACGACGAAAGAUACAGCGAAGAGGAGGAAGAGGAAGAAGAAGUCAAGCCUCAACAAGCACCACCUCAAGCAUCAGAAGCGGAACUUGCCAUGGAAGAAAAGAUGAGAAAGAAAAAGGAAGAAGAAGAGGCUAUGUGGCAAGAGUAUAUGGAACAAAGAAGAAUACAGAGGCAGAAGGAAGAAGAUGAACUUAGGAAGUUGAAAGAAAAACAGGCUAAACGAAAAGCUCAGAGAUUCGAUCAGGAAAAGAAAAUGAUGGAAAUGAAAAAACGGCAAGAAGAAAAUAGGAUACGUGAGAUGGAGGAGAAGAAACAAAGAGAAGCUGAAGCUAAGAGGAAACGCUUAGAGGAGGCCGAAAGAAAGAGACAGGCCAUGCAAGAAGCAAUGCAGAAGCAAAAGAUGCAAGAACCUGUUAAGAGGAACUUCGUGAUACAAAAGAAGGAAGGUGAAGGGGGUCCUGGUGCAGCUCUUGGUCACUCUGGCUUUGACAAGGUAAGUAAUCUUCCAUUUAUUGAUGGCAAAUUUCUCUUUGUGAACUCAGAGUUCAAGUUUUGGGACACGAAUCUGGUAUCGUGUGGGGCUGGUUUAGAAGAAACUCGCAUGACACUCCACACUAUCAGGGUUCAUACUGAUUGA